AUACAAAUGCCACAGGUGCAAAGAAUCAGAUUCAAACUCUGGAGAAUCCUCAGGAUUAUCAUCGUCAAGGAAAAGUUUUGAAUUUCUUUCCGAUUCCUUUCGAAGAAGAGUGUCUUUCAAAAACUGACGGCAGAAGAAAAGGUAUUUGUAUGAACACGUACGAAUGUAGGAUUCAAGGUGGUUCUUCUCAUGGUCCCUGCGCUUUAGGUUUCGGCGUUUGCUGUAUUUGUAAGUAAACAAAAUUACUGCAUUUAUAAUAUGGUGUUCGAUUGUUUCUAAUAUCUGACACAGUUACAGCAACAUGCGGAAAUGAAGCAAUUAAUAAUAUUACUUACUUCGUUAAUCCAGAUUUCCCGGAUCUUUCAAAAAAAAUGUCAUCGUGCACAUUAAAAGUGAAAAAAAUUCAUCCAGACGUGUCUCAAAUGAGACUUGACUUUAUUCAUUUCAAUUUGGGUCAACCAAAUCGACGAACCGGUAUAUGUGAAGAUGACAUUUUCUUAUUGUCAGGUGGCAGCAACUCUAAAAAUUUAACAAUAUGUGGUACAAAUGAUGACCAACACAUAUAUUUUGACGUGGACUCCGUAGAACAACCCAUAACCAUUACCAUGAAUCUCAGCGACAAAGUAAUAUCUCGAUUAUGGGAGAUUCGUAUUGUUCAAAUUCCAUUCAACGAUCGGGUUCCAGAAGGUUGCCUACAGUACCAUACGGGAUUAAAUGGUAUCGUUAAAACAAUGAAUUUUGCCGAAAACGGUCGCCAUCUUGCUAAUCAAAAUUACAACAUAUGUCUGAGGCAGGAGAAAGGUACUUGUAGUGUAGUGUACGAACCAUGUCACAAAAAUUCUUUCAAAAUUGGCCCCGGUCAGAACAACACUUCUGGUGUUAAUGGUGACGCUUUUUCUGAUGUCGGAUCAGGAGACGGUGCAAUUGCUACCAGAGAAGAUGAUAGCUGCAACGAUAGGGUUGUAGUUCCAUGUCCUUUCGAGGACCUUAUAAUGCCUGGAAAUGUUGGUGUUGGUUUCUGUGAUUUAUCGCUGUGUGGAUCGUUUUCCUGUCCGUCAGGGGAGGCUGAUUGUAAAGUAGAAACUAACGUAGUUCCUUUCAGGAUUGGUAUUCAUUUUGGCCCAGUUUCAAGAGAAGAAUCGCCUGAAGAUAACUUGGGAGUGUGUUUGAAAUACGAACAACAACUUUGUACAGUUUAAUUCCUAAACACGACUUUUGAAGGGAGAGACAGAAGUUGCUGGAAUCUAUAAAUUAUUGCUGAUUAAAUGACUGAAUAAAUAACAACAUUAAAAAUUUA